UAUCCCAUGUCAACAUGUCAGUCCUCAGAGUCUGUGCCUUAGCUCAAAGUCUCAGUCGCCGCAGUUUGUUGGAGAAGUGCGCACUACGCGGGUAUUCGGCGGACUGUUGUCGGCUGUGUGCGUCAUUGAGAAGCGGCGCAGUCAGACGAAUCUCAGAGACACCUCUCCAGCUUCAGAGAAGAAAUGUGUCUUUUGUUAUCCCAAAGACAGAAGCUGCAAAAAAGCGCGUGUUGGAACAGUCUCAGCUGUUUGACGUGCUUGACGCCAGGAUUCAGCAACUCCAGACCGACAUUGCUCUCAACAUCCAACAUGCUGAGGUGCAAGUUGUUAAAGCCGGCUCUUCUGGAAGAGGGGCUUCCUCUAGUAGGGGUCCCAAAAGCACGUCUAAGGAGAAGAUUGUCAUUCUUCAAUCAGGAGCUAAAGGAACUUCUAAACCUCAGCAAAGUCGCUGGAUUGAAAAGUUAGCUCUGGAGAAAAACGCCAAAUCAAAAAAGAGCAAAAGCAGCUCCCAGGUCCUACCGGGCACAUCACAUAAAACUAUAUCUACAGCAGCUAAAAAGACCAAACCUGCGAUUAAGACAGACAGAGGAGGCACAAAAUUAUCAGAUAAAAGUCAUGCUGUAGUUUAUUCGAAAGCUGCUUCCACUGCAUCCACAGCACAUAAUGUUUCUAAGGGGAAGUGGAAGGACUCUCAAAAUCAGCAUCAUGGGGAAAAGGAGCAAAAUCUGACUGAUAAUGAUGCUCACAGCAAAGCUAUGGAGCUAGCUGAGGUGGAAAAGUUGGAGAGGAGGCCCAGUCAACAGGCGAACAUGUGGACGUCCUGUCGUGUUCCAGAGACGGUGGACAGUGAAGAGCGUGCAAGUGGGGACAUGCAGAUGAGCAUCCGCUCCUACCUGGAGGCUUGUGUGUUUGCGGGGGACAUUGAGAGAGCAAGCCAUUUCCUGCUCAGCCAGCACAGAGUCAUACGUCGACGGAAACUUAUGAACACGGAUAUUUACAACAUCCUGAUGAGGGUGUGGGCUAAGAAGUGCUUAUUACAUCAGAUCGGUCGCAUAUUUAUUCUGUUAGAGGAGGCUGGUCUUAAGCCAAACCUGGGAUCCUACUGUGCUGCCCUGGAGUGUAUGGGCCGCAGUCCAAGCUGCACCCCAAAAGUAGUCACAAGGUGCCUGAAUCAGAUGCAGCAGGACGGUCUGUCUGUGGAUGAUAUGUUCAGCCAGUGUGUGUUUCGACAAGAUGAGAAAGACAUGGUGCUGAAGGCCAUGCGCAUUGUCCAGCCCGACUACCAACCCUGCCUCAAGCUGACGACAAACGAGGGCUAUACAUCAUUGGUUCAGGACUUUUACACACAGAGAAACGACCACCACUACCCCAAACUGGACUUCACUCAGGAGAAGCUCCUCGAUGGUUUCAAACGUCAGCUCGAUGUGGAGCAGGCCUGCACCGUCACCAUCAACUCAGUGGAGGCUGACAAGCCUGUCACUGCAAACAUGGCCAAAAUGAGGGCGCUGCUAGCCAUGCAGCGGGCUCAAUGGCAAAAGAGCCUCCUUCAGGCCCUGAGGGAGACUAAGACCAUCCUGGCCAGCACAAACACCAAGGACUACAAGUUCAACCUUUAUCCCUACCUCUGUGUGCUGGAGGAUAGAGAGUAUGUGGACAUCAUGAUACAGAGUGUGGCCAACCUGCCUCCCAGUGGAGAUUCGCUGAAGAUUAUAGCCGGAGAUCUGGGCAACAGGGUCUAUACCAAAUAUUCUGUGCGACAGAAACACCAGAAUCAGAUGGUGGAGAAGCUGAGCAAAAUCUACUGCAGUUACACGGACUUGCUGGCCAAAGAUACCAAGGAGUAUGACGUCCUUCCCAGGGAGCAGUGGUGUAACCUGGAGAUGGAGCUGACUUCAGGACCCAUGUUGCAGGGGGGCGAGACAAGCUGGCCGUACAUAGUGACUCUUGACCUGGGCACUUGCUUGGUGGAUAUGAUGGUGAAGAGCCUUAAAAUUAAUAGUGACAUCCUGAACCCAGCCCAAGAAAGGAAGCGCAUCCCCAUCCUCUACCACAUGUACACCUUCCGCAGCAUCCGACAGAUCGGUUUCAUCAAGAUCCACCCCAUCCUGUCUCAGAUGCAACAGGAAGCCAUGGAGACCAAGCUGACCUUUGACUCAUCGGUGAUGCCGAUGCUGUGCCCUCCUGUGCCCUGGACUUCUAUGAAGUUUGGAGCCUACCUGCUGACACCGGCUAAGCUGAUGCGCACAGUGGACGGGGCCGUCCAACACGAGGCGUUGCUGGAGAAAUGCCAGAACCUCCACGCAGUCCUGGACUCUCUUAACCAGCUGGGCAGCUGUGCCUGGAGGAUCAACAAACCGCUGUUGGAUAUAAUUAUCUCCAUCUUCAACGACCGGGGAAAUGAUAAACUAGACGUCCCUCCUCCACUAUCGGAGGCCCCCAAAGCACCCCACUUCAAUCCUCAAGAUCCCAAUCACACAUCUUCUGAGAAGGCCCAUCUGAAAAGAGAGGUGAUCAUGGCCAAAAAGAAAUACACUGAGAUGCACAGCCUGCGUAUGGAUGCCCUCUAUAAACUCUCCAUCGCCAACCACAUGCGGGAUGAUAUUUUCUGGUUCCCUCACAACAUGGACUUCAGGGGUCGUACCUACCCCUGUCCUCCACACUUUAAUCACCUAGGGAGUGACGUGACUCGGGCCAUCCUUUUGUUUGCGGAGGGGAAGCCCCUCGGUCCCAAGGGCCUUGACUGGCUAAAGAUCCACUUAGUCAAUCUGACAGGGUUAAAGAAGAGGAGCUCACUACAGGGACGGCUGGAGUACGCCAACACAAUCAUGGAGGACAUACUGGACUCUGCCGACAACCCGCUCAAUGGUAAGAAAUGGUGGAUGAAUGCGGAUGAGCCUUGGCAGGCUCUGGCAUGCUGCAUGGAAAUAGCCACAGCUGUGAGAUCUCCUGAUCCAGCACAGUUCAUCUCCAACUUUCCUGUUCAUCAGGACGGCUCCUGUAAUGGGCUGCAGCACUACGCCGCUUUAGGCAGGGAUGUGAUUGGUGCCACCUCAGUCAACCUCAUGCCCUGUGACAUGCCCCAGGAUGUGUACAGCGGAGUAGCACAGCAGGUGGAGGAGUUCCGAGCCGAGGAUGCAGCGAGUGGUGUGAAGAUCGCCAAGGUCCUGGAUGGCUUCAUCAGCAGGAAGGUGGUCAAACAGACGGUGAUGACUGUGGUGUACGGGGUGACACGUUAUGGGGGACGCCUCCAGAUAGAGAAGAGACUGAAGGAGAUUGAUGAGUUCCCCAAGGAGCAUGUCUGGGAUGCGUCCCAUUACCUGGUACGACUGGUGUUCACUGGCCUAAAAGAGAUGUUUACAGGGACCAGAGAGAUCCAGGAUUGGCUGACAGAGAGCGCAAGGCUCAUCUCCAAGUCCGGCCACACUGUGGAGUGGGUGACACCCCUGGGUUUACCCGUCAUUCAGCCUUACCAUCGCACACGCAACCAAAUGAUGAAGAGUAGCAUGCAACAUAUCAACCUCAAAAUCAACUAUGACAUCAAAGAGCGGCCGGACACGGUCAAACAGAAGAACGCCUUCCCGCCAAACUUCAUCCACUCUCUGGACUCCACACACAUGAUGCUGACUUCUCUCCACUGCUACAGCGCUGGUCUGACAUUCGUCUCGGUUCACGACUGUUUCUGGACCCAUGCCCUCACCGUGGACACCAUGAACAAGGUCUGUAGGGAGCAGUUUGUCGCCCUGCACAGCCAGCCAAUCCUGGAGGACCUGUCCAACUUCCUGCUACAGAAGUACUGCAAUCGGGUCCAGACUGAGGCCAAGAACAAGAAGUACCAGGAGUACAGGAGGCUGCUGCUGCUUCUGGGCAAAGUUCCCCAGACAGGUGAUUUUGACCUCGAGCAGGUGAAAGAAUCCACUUAUUUCUUCAGCUGAGUGAUCGGUGAGGGCGAGUCAGCGGAGGGAGAUGAAUGGAAUUGACAGAGAGCAGCAGGAGAGGGCUGCAGGCUCCGGGGUCUCAACUGGUUUUGGCUCCCUCGGACAUCAGCGCAUUGAUUGAGCCGCGCCUCGGCCCGCCCCCUGGCCCUCAGGCUGGUUGGAGCUGACAGAGCUGCUGGAGGCCUUCACACUCAGUGAACCUGCCUGAUUAAGUGACUGGUGGGUUGAUGGGAGGGAGUGUUCCCACUGGAUGGGAAUGUUAAGACUUCGCUCAGUGUAAAGUACCUCUUACAAUGGACACUUAGGUCAUAUUCUGGUGUGUGGAGAGAGAUAGUGUGUAUGACCAAGACUUACUGAAUCACAUGUGAACUGUGUUAAUUUUAAGCCGUGUGUAUGGGUGUGUGUGUGCGUGUCCUGCUGGGAUAACCGCAGAGCGCUGACCCGCCUCUGCUACAUCCCACCCAAUCAUCGAUCCCAUCACUUCCAGGCUGUCAGGAUGCUUUCUGACACAAUGCUCAUUCAUUAGAACUUUUUCUGAAGAAGUUUGAAGAGGAAAUGACUGAUAGACUGGAAGGAGAAAUGUGGAGGGAUGAGUUUCGGGGCUUUUCCACAACAUCGGGUCCCAACAUACUCUCGAUUUUUACCUUCUUGCAGUGACUAAGCACUUCUCAGUUGCCUAAAA